UUGCCUGUGAUUCCCUGCUUUCCACAUACAGACAAGUGUCCCUGUCUCAUAGUUCAAAAGAAGGGAUUCUUGGGCAUAGUGGCUCACACUUUUAAUCCUGGCACAGUGGGGAGCGGGGUAGAACUUUAAAUUCAAAGCCAUCUUGGUCAACAUAAUGAGCUCAAGGCCAGCUCUAAAAUGAAGAAAGUGUGUGUCUAUGUGUCUGUGUGUGUAUGUAGUGUACUUUUAGGUUUAUGAAUCCCUUAGGAUUAAGUGUGUGUGUGUGUGUGUGUGUGUGUGUGUGUGUGUGUACACAAUUUUCUGGUAGAAAAUUUAUUUUUAUAGCUUUUAAAUAGCUAAAAGCCACUUUCCCGAUAACCUGCCUGCCACCUUUGCACAUCCAAAGCCAACCUGUGAAUUUCUGCCAGUGGAAAUCUCCCCUAAUUAUUCCUUUCACCAGGAUGUGGGUGUUCAAGUUUCUGCUGCUACCCGUGGUGAGCUUUGCUCUAUACCCGGAGGAAACGCUGGACACCCAGUGGGAGCUGUGGAAGAAGACCCACAGGAAGCAGUACAACAGCAAGGUGGAUGAAAUCUCUCGGCGUUUAAUUUGGGAAAAAAACCUGAAGAAAAUUUCUGUCCAUAAUCUUGAGGCCUCUCUUGGUGCCCAUACGUAUGAGCUGGCCAUGAAUCACCUGGGAGAUAUGACCAGCGAAGAAGUGGUUCAGAAGAUGACUGGACUCAGAGUGCCACCUUCGAGAUCCUUCAGUAAUGACACUCUCUAUACCCCAGAGUGGGAAGGCAGAGUCCCAGACUCCAUCGACUAUCGAAAGAAAGGCUAUGUUACUCCAGUCAAAAACCAGGGCCAGUGUGGUUCCUGUUGGGCUUUCAGCUCUGCGGGUGCCCUGGAGGGCCAACUCAAGAAGAAAACUGGCAAACUCUUAGCUCUGAGUCCCCAGAAUCUCGUGGACUGUGUGUCUGAGAACUAUGGCUGUGGAGGCGGCUAUAUGACCACUGCCUUCCAAUAUGUGCAGCAGAAUGGAGGCAUUGACUCUGAAGACGCUUACCCGUAUGUGGGGCAGGAUGAAAGUUGUAUGUAUAACGCCACGGCAAAGGCAGCUAAGUGCAGAGGGUACAGAGAGAUCCCUGUGGGGAACGAGAAAGCCCUGAAGAGAGCAGUGGCUCGGGUAGGACCCGUCUCUGUGUCCAUCGAUGCAAGCUUGACCUCUUUCCAAUUUUACAGCAGAGGUGUGUACUAUGACGAAAACUGCGACCGUGAUAAUGUGAACCAUGCCAUGUUGGUGGUGGGCUAUGGCACCCAGAAGGGACAUAAGUACUGGAUAAUUAAAAACAGCUGGGGAGAGAGCUGGGGAAACAAAGGCUAUGUUCUCUUGGCUCGGAAUAAGAACAACGCCUGUGGCAUUACCAACCUGGCCAGCUUCCCCAAGAUGUGAUUCAAGCCAGCCGGCCCAUCUGUUCUCACAUUCCUUCCUCAAUGGUGCAAGUGAACGGUGGCUUUGGAGUGACACCUCUGCUUCCCUUCUCUCCAUCCAAGGCCCUUUUCUCUGUGGACACAACUGGGCAUUUUCUGAGAGUUGUGGCCUCUGUGCUGAUAGACGCUGGAGUCCUCCAGCAGGCUGGAGGACUAAGGUGACCUUCCCAAGCCCCUGUCUUCUAUAUACACCAGUGCAGAUUUCAGUCUUCCACUGAGAUGCACAAAUCUAUUCAUGAUUCUUUGACAAAUUUACAUGAUGUAAAAAAUG